UUGCGCCGUUGGUAAACAGGGCGCAAUUUCCGGUAAAUGUGAAUUUAAAAUUUUCACUAUUAUUUUUUAACGCAAUUUUCUUACAAAAUGGCUGCGGUUGAUGAAGUUACAAAAAAAAUUCAGUCAACAAAAGUGGAAGACAGCUUUGAACUAAGUUUUCAAGGCAAAGGAUUGAAAUUAAAUACAAAAGAAGAUGCAAAAGAGAUUGUGGAUGGCAUCAAUGGAUGUGCCGUUAUGACAGCAUUGAGGAUGGAAGGCAAUACAAUGGGAGUAAAUGCAGCAGAAGAAAUUGCCGGCGCACUUAAAAAACACCCUGAAUUUCAGAGAGCCUUGUGGAGUGAUAUGUUUACCGGAAGAUUGAAGACUGAAAUUCCUCCAGCAUUAAAACACCUUGGUGCAGCCAUGAUAGCAGCCAAUGCCCAGCUUGUAGAGCUAGAUCUCAGUGACAAUGCGUUCGGCCCCAACGGUGUGGAGGGCAUCGUAGAGCUGCUGAGGAGUAAGACUUGCUACACGCUGAAGGAGUUGCGGCUCAAUAACAACGGCCUUGGGACCACUGGCGGCAAGAUGUUGGCCGGCUGUUUGAUGGACUGCUACAAAUCCAGCCAGGCAGCAGGCAAACCUUUGGCGCUUGAGGUGUUUAUAUCUGGCAGGGGGAGGCUGGAGAAUGAUGGAUCCACUGCACUGUCAGAAGUCUUCAAGCUGAUGGGCUCCCUGGUAGAGGUGGCCAUGCCUCAGAACGGUAUCAACCAUGAGGGCAUCACAGCGCUGGCAGGGGCCUUCCAACACAACCCCAACCUCCGAAUCCUCAACCUCAAUGACAACACGUUCACUGCUGUCGGUGCCAAGUCCAUGGCCAAGGUUCUGCCAUCACUGCAAAAUCUAGAGGUCAUCAAUUUUGGAGACUGUUUAAUUCGAACAGAGGGUGCAAGAGCCAUAGCCAAAGCAAUAACUGAUGGUCACAAAAAGUUAAAAGAAUUGGUAUUGAGUGGUAACGAGAUAUCCAAAGAUGCUGCAAGCUGUUUGGCAGAAGUCAUAGAAAAUAAGGAUCAUUUGGAAAAACUAGACCUGGACUCCAACAUGUUUGGUGAGGAAGGCAUAGAGCUUAUAAGGGAGUCCAUAGAAUCCAUUGGCAAACUCGAUGUACUUGGGUCACUCAGUGGAGAUGAGGGCAGUGACGAUGAGGAUGAGGAAAACUAUGAUGAUACAUAUGAGGAGGGGGAGGAACAGGCUGAGGAGGAGGAGGGGGAGGGGGACACGGUGGAUGAUCCCAUCCUCACUGUGAGGGGAAUCGCUCUCACACCUAAACAGGAUGUGAGCAUAAAAGACUUCCUAUCAUUUCCAUCACCAACAAAACUUCAGAGCUUUGGUAGAAAUUUUUCAUCAAGUAUUAGGCAAGAAUUAGGGUCUGAUAUCCAUGAUGUUGAGAGGACUGUCAGCACAUUGGUGAGGGUGAGCACAGUUGUCACAGAAAAAGAUCCUACCUCCUUAAAUAUUGUGUGUAAAUCUGCAGAUGAUAUAUUGCAAGAGCUGUUCAAGUCUGGGGUUUUCAACACAGAUAUCUUGGUAGCCAAUGCUUUCCUUGUCUACCUGGGCAUAUUAAAAGGUGAGGACAAGAAGUACCGAGGCCCCAGCGACAUAUCAGGCCCACUUCUAGUGCUGGAACAUAUUGUCAAGCAGUCAUACUUCCCUGGGAAAGCCAGAAAAUUGAUUGCUGCAUUCAUGGACAAACCGCAUCAAUUGCUGGAUCAAUGUGGAGGGAUCAGAAACAGGCUGCUGUCCAUACUGUACUCGUAAAAGACUGAACAGUUGUUGUUCGUAGUUCAAGAAUGGUUUUGAUGUCCAAUUAAUAAUCAUGGAUUUCUGGAUUGGGAUAUUGUUGUUGCGUAUUUAGUUGUGUUGUUGAUCAUUAGUAUUAUACUUACACCUAAUGAGCAUGGAUGUGCUUUUUUCAAUCAUGACUCGCCCCUUAUUUCAUAAUGACUUGCCCCUUUUAUUAUGACGACUCACCCUCACACUAUUAUGAUAUUACUUAUUGUGAAACUAAUACAAUAUUUUUAAAGAA